UGCUGAACGAUCGUUACAGAUAAGGCCCCCAGUGCCGUACGAGCCCGCCAAGCCUCCCCCAACGGCCGCCGAUCACACACAAUCAGUCAAUCACGCGCGCGCGCAGCGGCGAGGCGCGGCCACACCCAGCCAUGGCGACCACCUCCCUCGCCGCCGCCUCCUCGCACCCCCACCUCUUCCGCAGCCGUCGUAACCCCAACUCCACCUUCAGAACCUCGAAUCGAGGCCGCAUCCGGCUCAUCAGAUGCUCGUCCGCCCCCUCGUCCCCGCAGCCGGCCACCGGCGGCGAGGCGGAGGAAUCGGAGCGCCGUCGGCUGUCGAAGCAGUCGUCGUGGGAGGCGAAGGACGCGGACGGGGACGACUACCUGUACCGGCUCGGGAAGGAGGCUGACAACAUGGACAUCGCCGUCGGUGCCCGGGCCGGCAUCGUCGACGAUCUCUUCGUUGGGAAUUUCCUCGGCAAAGACUCGGAUAUUGUGUUCGAUUACCGGCAGAAGGCAACCAGGACAUUCGAGUACCUGCAGGGGGAUUACUACAUCGCACCGCUCUUCCUUGAUAAAGUUGCUUGCCAUAUUGUAAAGAACUUCAUUGCACAUCUUGAUAUCAAGAUUCCCCUUAUACUUGGGAUCUGGGGCGGAAAGGGUCAAGGGAAAACAUUCCAAACUGAACUUAUAUUUAGAGCAAUGGGUGUUGAGCCUGUUAUUAUGUCUGCUGGAGAAUUAGAAUCUGAAAAAGCAGGAGAACCUGGGAGGCUAAUACGUGACCGAUACAGAACUGCCUCCCAAGUAAUUCAAAACCAAGGGAAAUUGAGUUGCUUGAUGAUCAAUGACCUAGAUGCUGGUGUUGGAAGAUUUGGAAACACACAGAUGACAGUCAAUAAUCAAAUUGUUGCUGGAACUUUGAUGAACCUGGCAGAUAAUCCUACCAGGGUGAGCAUCGGCCAGAAAUGGAGAGAAUCUGAUGUUACAAACAGAGUUCCUAUAAUAGUAACUGGAAAUGAUUUUUCAACUCUAUAUGCCCCCUUGAUUCGUGAUGGAAGAAUGGAAAAAUUCUACUGGCAGCCCGAUCGUGAAGAUAUCAUUAAUAUUGUUCAUGGCAUGUAUACAAAGGAUGGGAUAUCUGUUGAGGAAGUAUCAAGAAUUGUAGAUACAUUUCCAAACCAAGCUUUAGAUUUUUAUGGAGCUUUGAGAUCCAGGACAUAUGAUCGAGCUAUCUUGGAGUGGGUCGAUCAAAUUGGUGGCCAUGAAAAGCUAGGUGAAAAGCUUCUUAAGCAAAAGAAAGGAGAGAAGCUUCCAACAUUUAUACCCCCAAAGCAAACGCUGGAGGCAUUGAUUGAGUCAGGGAGCUCGCUGGUGAGGGAGCAAGAACUAAUAAUGAACUCAAAACUGUCGAAAGAGUACAUGAAGAACAUGGACGAUUAGUUCAAAGCACGCAAGAGUAAUUUGUUUUUUUUGCAGUUUCGUGCAAUACGCACGUCCGGUUUGUUCCAGUUGCAUGUGCAAGUAGCAGUGUUCAAAGCAUAUGGAAGAUAUAUCCGAGGAUUUUUUUUUUGUAUUCCAGAUGUAGCUACGUAUACGUACAUAAUAAUCUACCUGAAAAUAGAAACAAAGGAUUCAUUUUUCUCCCUC